CAUUUUAAUGUAGCACUAGAGUUCUACUGGGAAUGACUGGUAACAAAGUACAAGAAAAUGAGGCGGACAAUGUAGAAAUUCGCAGAAUACAAUUGAGUGACCACGAUGAGGUGCUUCAUUUCCUUCGAACACAUUUUUAUCGAGAGGAACCACUGACCAUCGGAAGUGAACCGAAGGAGCAAGAUAAGGAAGAUGAAAAAUUCAAUAUGUCACAGAUCGCGCACGGAACUAGCCUAAUGGCAGUUACCGAGUCCACUGCCGGUGGUAAACGGGAUAGAAUUGCUGGUGUUUUAUUAUCCGGCCCGACGAGUAGCAAUGAAGCUGAACAUUUGUUCGAGGAAGCGGCACGUCUCGGUCCCACUAAAUGGGGUAAAGCCCUUCAGCUGUUGGCAUGCACAGCACGAGACUCCAAUGUGUGUGGGCGCUAUAACGUUGCGAAAACGUUGUAUAUUCAUAUCUUGGCAGUGGAUGCGGAAAUGCGUGGGCGCGCGAUUGCUGCUAGACUUAUAGAGGAAGUAAAAAAGCUGGGCCGACAGGUUGGGUACCCGUUGAUGACAGUAGACUGCACAAGUUAUUAUUCAGCAAGACUUUGUGAGCGACUUGGUAUGGAGUGUAUCAACGUCGUACAAUAUGAAAACUACUUGGACAAAGAGGGCAAACCGGUUUUCAGUCCACCACCACCACAUGACUGUCUCAAAACGUUCGCGAUAAGAUUGUGAGCUUGGAGAUUCCACCUGCUUCGGCGUAUGAUAUGCAUACAUGGCUUCAUAUUCUAAAUAUAUAUUAAUUUUAAAUUUAUCAACUAUGUUGAAACUGAGUGAAAUCAAGUAAAUCUUAGUAGCUAAAUAUUUCCAUUGCGACAUAAGCAUCUACACUUGUAUGUCAGUUGGAGGUCAACCUAAAAAUAGCACCCUUUGCAGUAUAUAAUGUUGAGUUCGUGGAGUUGGCAUAACCAGAUAAAUUCCUUGAACUUUUAUGUAAAAUUCAUAUGUGACUAAAUAACGAGAGGCGAAUUAAAACUCUUUUAUGUAUAUAAAACGAGUAUCAAGCACUGAACAGCUAAUAAAGAAUUUUUAAUAUG